UGUCUUCUGCUGCUACUUUUUUUUAUGUGAUUAACAGGUGGCUUUUAAAAAUAGAAAUGCAAAACACAUGCUUCAGUCCUCACAUACAUAACUGCUGAGACAUGAACAGUAAGAGUGCAAAAAUGCACAAACAUAUUUGAGCAAGCAUGGGGUAACACUUACUGAGGCUAUACACAAGCUUAAAAAACACCAAUAUCUUUGGUAUGGCUAUGAAGGUAAGAGCUUGUGAAUUGAGUAACCCACCUCCCCCUCAUGCCACAGCACCAACAGCAUGCCACUGGCCUCUUCCCUCUUCUGCCCUCCCUUUUCCCCCUCUUCUGUCCCUCUGCCUUGUCAUUGCUCCUAGACACAGAGAAAACAUUUCUUUCCUCACUCUCCGAACUGAGCUUCUCACACCCAAAAGUUACAGACUGGGCAUAAACCCCGUGACCUAGGUUUAAAAUGUAACAGAUCCUGUCGCUCACUGAGGUUGGAACAUUAUUAGAUGACCUAGACGAGGAGGCCAGGUCCACAGCCAUAUCUGGCAGAGGUACUGAAGCACUAUCAGGAAUGUUAGGUGUGCAAAGUGGAGGAUGCAAGCGGCGGACAAGAGUGACCUCAUCUUCCCUAAGUGAGCAGCAGGAAGGCAAGAUCAAGCUAGUUUUCCUUGUGGCUACAGUGGGCAUUACGCUGACUCUCCUAGGGGUGGGCACAGAGUUCUGGGUAGAGCUGGCAUCAUCAAAAAACCUUUACAACAACGAGACAUGCCUGGCUGCACACUAUGGCCUGUGGAAGAGCUGUAUGAAGAAAUUUUGGGUUGCUGAUGUCGACCCUGAGCGGGAAACCUGUGGGCCUAUCGACCUACCUGGAGAAUCAAAUUGCACCUAUUUCAAGAUCUAUACAACUGGAGAAAACAUUGUCCUGUUUCACAAAAUGCCAGCAAAGAAUUUGACUGUAAUCACUGCCAUGCUGGCCACCUUCAGUCUUUUUCUGAUGGUGAUGGGAGCUCUUUGCAUUAUCAUGGCAUUAAACAAAGGCGUGCAGUUCUUCCUGAAGCCAGCCUCAGUAUGUUUCACAUUAUCAGGUCUCCUGGUUUUCCUGUCUCUCAUCAUUUUUCAUCAGUCAGUCCUUUCAUUUUUAGCAAGUGACCACUCCAUACCAUUGCACCAUGAACUGUCGUGGUCAGUAGCAUGUAUGGGAUGUGCUGGCGCCUUACUAGUAGUUGCAGGGGUUUUACUCCUUCUUCUUGCUGUACCAUACAGUUCUUGGGGAAAAUGUCUGCCUAACAGGAACACUGCCAGCUCGUGACACAGACCCUUUGUACAUUUUUGCUACUGAUAAAUUCACUUUUCAGUGCAGUGAACAAUUUGGGUUUAUCUUAACUAAGUAAAAUAAGCUCUUUGGGAAACAAACAAACAAAAAAACAACAUAUUGUUUAUUGGUGUUUUUUUUCAGAUAAUGUACAUUUAUGAGAUUAUGAGACUUAAUGCAAAUACUACAGUAUAUACUGAUAAUGAGUAUAUACUCAUUAACAGUGCACAUGACAGCACUAUGUUUAGUGCUGUCAUGUGCACUAAACAUAAUUUUUUUAGAAAGACAAAAUAUAAAAUGCCAUGUUCAUGUUAUAUUGUGCAAUAUAUGAGCUCUGAUUUCUCAGUUUGUUUCCAAAACACAAUAAACAACAAAUUCUUGGUUCACUGUUUUUAUGUAUGCUAUGUGUGAUUACAGAACACAAUGAGCUCUGUUUUUGUGCCCAAAUAAGUGUAAUUUGCUGCUUAACAGUGGCUUGUUCCUAGUUUGGUUGAAUGUAUGCAAUCUUUUUCUCUAUUUCACUGUGCAUAAAGUAAUGCACAUGCAGUACCCACUCUGUACAAUUUUAAACAAGCUCAGAUUGCCUCUCCCAAGUUAUGUUGUACUCGCUUGCAUGAAAUCCAACAACUCUACAUCCUAACUAAAUAAAGCUAUUUGGAAUACUAUAGCAACUGCCUUGCAACACCGUAGCAACCACCUGGUACAAGAGAGCAACCAAACAGCAACACCAAAGCAACCGCCUGAUACCACAGUAAUCACCUGACAAGCACCUAGAAAUACCCUAGUAAUCAUUUGGAAUACCAUCACACUUUUCUAGCAACCACCCAUAGUAUAAACUUGGGAUACCAUAGCAGUUACGUAGCAACACUCUAGCAACUGGAAUGCCAUAGCAACAAUCUAGCAAAACUCCUGAAACCACCUGGGAUACCAUGGGGCAACCCCCUAUAAACUCCCUAGCAAGCACCUGGCCAAAUUCAGUUUGUAAUCAGAUACCAGCUGUCCAAAUGAAAUAAGUGGGAAGUCUUAUCAAUAGCACUAAAUGGUCAUGAAUAA